AUUAUAGGCAUUCCUGUUCACGUAAAUGUAACAAUGUAUUUAAAUGAUAUAAGUGCAGUAUCGGAAGUAACGAUGGACUAUACAUUGGAUUUCUAUAUCCGUCAGCUCUGGAACGACGAGAGACUGGUGUUUAACUCGUCUUCGGUUUCAGAGCUAAUCCUUGGGUCGGAGUUCUCGAAGAAGAUAUGGAUUCCCGACACCUUCUUUGUCAAUGGAAAACAGGCAUCGCUUCACAUCUCAACCACCACUGAGUCUAAUGUCUUGCUUAGGAUUAAACCAAACGGUGAUAUACUAUACAGUCUUAGGCUAACUGUAGUGCUUUCGUGUCCAAUGGAUUUGAGGCAUUUCCCAAUGGAUAUGCAGUUGUGUCAACUAAAAGUGGCCAGUUAUGGGUACAGCACAGCAGACAUUGACUAUCACUGGGCACAGGGUUUCGACACGUUUGGCAUUAGAGAAGGACUAUAUUUGCCAACGUUUCAGAUCCAGGGCUACCGGCGAUUCAAGAAAUACAAAUUAUUGAGCACU